CUGCGAGAAAUAGUAAAGGGAAAUGAUUUGACUAAAGUGCGUUCGCUUCUGACUCUUGGAAAAGAAGUUUUAAAUGCUUGUGGUGUUCGUGGAGAUGAUAUGGAAAAUGGAGUGGCUUUACAGUUAAUUGGGGGCAAUUGGCAGUUAUUCUCAAAUCUUUUUGCUAUUUGGAAUUUAAAAAUUAAUUCCGUUUCGAAUAGUCACAACCGCCGUACAAAGCGUGCUUUUAAAAGACAGGAGGAAGAGGAGGAACGUAUGAAGAAACAUAAUGAGUUGGUAGCUGAAUUCAAUCAACAUGUUGAUGAAGCUUAUAAAUAUGUUAUCUAUUGUUUAAUGGUUAGCAUCAUUGCUAUGUGUUUUGCUGUAUAUUUUAUUACAACAAACUUUGUCUAA